UUUGAUCAUGGAAUUGUGUUGCCACAUGUUACGAUCUGAAUGUGUGACACUGUGAGCCUUGUCACACAGGAUCACACUCAGAUCACAGAGCUAAGAAAUCGCUCGUCUACGCCGUCGCCGUUUCAAAGCUUCUUCUCCAUCGUCUUCUCCGUUUCAAAGCUUCUUCUUCGUCGUCUUCUCCGUUCUCUCCAUCAUCUGUUCAUUGUAGUACUAGAGUAAGCUUCUUCUCCGUCGCCGUUUCAAAGCUUCUUCUCCAUCGUCUUCUCCGUUUCAAAGCUUCUUCUCCGUCGUCUUCUCCAUUCUCUCCAUCGUCUGUUCAUUGUAGUACUAGAGUGUUUUGUAUAUCCCCUACCAUACAUAGCUAGCUAGUUGUGUAAGUUGCUGGGAUUAAUCAGGGAUCAAGCUGCGGCAAUCAUACGUUCUACUCGGGGGUUGUUAUUGGAGCUACGGAGGCAUUACUAAGUGGUGUACCAUCAUUAUCAAUAUCAUUAGAUUGGUAAUUUGGUGAUUCUAUACAUCUGGUUUCAACUAUGGUAGAGGUGUUAUGUGAACUGGUGUUAUGUGAAUUUGGUGACGCCGUCUAAGUCUUCAAAUGCAAUUGUUGUUGUUGGUGAACCAUCUUCCGGGAAGUCCACUGCACCAAAGUUCAAAGAAAGACCAAAUCCAAUUAAGUCAAAGAAGCGACUUAAAAGUGAUUAUGAAAAAGCUAGAGAAAGACAGAAAUUCAUUAUAGAACGGAAGAAACAAAAGAGAGAAGAUGAGGAAAGCUUUAAAGAAAAAAAGUGCAGCAGGAGAAAUGCAAGAGCAGCAGUAAUGGUUAGAACAUGUCCUUUUGUUUUCCAUGGACAAGAGCAGGGUCUCACUGACCCAGUUCAGUCGACGAGAAUGUUCACAGAAGAGGCUCAAAAGACCCAGACUUCUUCUAACCCUUCACCAGUUGACACUCUGCCAGAAAUGCCAUCAGCUCCAUCUGGACAAAGAGAUGCCUCGGGCAAUGCUUCUGCGGCAGCUGCUGAAGCAUGGAUGUCUGCAGGCGCAGGAGGUUUUAAACUAGGACCUGAGAAUACUGCUUCAUCCAAAAAUCAGGUUUCUGCAGAUCCUCUUCAUAACUCAACGAGGGAGUUCCAUCAGCAUAUUUCACAAAUUCAGGGUGAGUUUCCUUCUGGCGGAAUGUCGGUCCAGUCUAAUAAGAACAAUUUUCCAUUUAAUUCACCUAGACCUCGACCUAUUCACACAAGUUCUGUUUCACAGUUUCCCAACCGACCUAUGGUUUCCCUCAAUCAACAUCCGCAGACCAUCCUAGAUUUCAAAUGCAGUCCCCUUGGCGAGGCCUCAGUCCUCAAAGCCAACCGAGGCAGAAACAGCAAACCCUUCCGCCUGACUUGAAUAUUGAUUGUCAAUCUCUAGGGUCACCUGCAAAGCAAUCCUCUGGUGUUGUUGAUUCACAGCAAUCAGACCUAGCCUUGCAACUAUGAAGUCUCAUUUGUGUCUUGGUUUGGAAGUUUCAACUGGAAUUGGACUGGUGGAAUUUUCAGCCCCUGUUGGAUGCUGAAUUUUGAUCCUUAAAGACUCAAAUAAACGUGACAGAAAGCCAACUUUGCACAAGUCGGUCCUGAAUCAAAGAGUUUGCAUAAAAUAACUUAACGACUUGCCAUCUUUUCGAAAUGACUGACUCUGGGCAGCAAUCUCCACUGCCACUGCUGCCGCCCUCCCCGGAGAUUGAGCCAUAAUAAAUGCUGCCUGACAAUUGAUUAUGAUCAGUAGGUAGUAGGCAAAAAAUGUUGCUGAUGCCUUGUAUAUUGUAUACAAAUUGAUGAAAAUUCAGUUGUCUAAUAUUUCUUUGAUUUCAUGAUUAUUCUGUAUCUGUACUACUGUUACAUCUGUAUUAGAAUUGGUAGUAGGGCAUCAUAAUUAUUUAAUUAUUAAUUUGUACAUGUUAUUUACUUGUUAUUAAUGGAAAAUCACUGAUUAUUUCCUUUGUA